GCACGGUCCAACGUUUAGUAGUCUGAACCGCCAGAGAGGAUAACGCAAGCCAUCAUUUUUCAAUUUGCCCGCAACGACCAAGCCCAAGAACGACGGCAAAACGCAUGCUGGACCUUCACACCGCAACGCUCCUCAAGCGUGGCGCUACCGUGGCGUGCAUCUUCAACGAGUGCACCAAAGAGGCCGUGUACGGCUCGACCAAAUGCUCCUUUCACAAGCGCCGAAAGCGGUGCAGCGUGCUCAACUGCAGCAACCAAGCGUACGCGCGGGACCUCUGCGUCCGGCACGGCGGGAAGCGCAAGUGCGCCCACCCGAUGUGCUCGACAGCGGCUCACGGCGGACCGUACUGCGUCACCCACGGCGGCGCCAGCGGCAAGCGGCUCUGCUCGAUCGAAGGCUGUCCCAAGCAAGCCCACGCCCACCGCCGAUGCGUGCGCCACGGUGGCGGUCGCCUCUGCACCGUGGACGGGUGUGCCCACUACGCGCGCGGACGGGGCGUGUGCCGAAGCCACGGGGCCAAGCCGUCGUCGUCGUGUUCGUCGCCCAUCUCGGUGUCGAGCGGCGACGACUCGGACACUGUGAGCGUCAAGGCGGAGCUUCUGCUUGACUUGGACGUGAGCGCGACGGCAGACUUUUUACACUCGGUGGUCGACGACUCGUUUUUGAGGGACCUCCACACGAUCGCCGAAAUGUGCUGACGUAAUGCUCGCUGUAACUUCAAUCUAUCUAUCACAAACGUGGUUUGUCGUCGUCAUCAAGAAACCUGCACGCGGAUGGCGCCUUGUCCAGCGCGUUGCACCGCGUUGAGCUCUCUUGCCCUUUCUAGCACUGUCGCUACGCGCACCUAAGAUGAUCAUCCAGGUACCAA